AUGACAUCAAGACCGGCAGACCAAGACCGGGCAUCUGUAGGGGCAUUGCUGGACGAUGCCUGGGGUCAAUACCAUGCAGCGGUAGAGAGGCUCAACGCAAGGGACGUCCGCGACGCCUGCGGCAAGGCGUGGAACGCAACAAGGGCGGCCUCUGAAGCCGUCGUGCUGGCUCACCGGGGGAACACUGCUACCCCGAUCAACAUUUCCAGCGGUCUGCGGUUUCUCGCCAGGAAAUACGACCUGCCCAACCUGUCCGCCGGUUAUGCCCAGCGAGCCCAAUUCCUCCGCAACGACGCCUGCUACUACGGCGCCUGCGACAACGAGGACAUACCCGACCUGAUCCAUGGAACGGCCGAAUACAUCCGGGCCGCUCAAGAGUUGGCCCAUCACCAAGAGGACUGA